GUGGUCCGCAAGAUGCUGUGGUUAAUGGAUCAUAUAUUUAAAUAUACAAAUUUUGGAUUGGUCUCUUUAAUUCAUGGAGAUUUCUUUAUCAGACAGGGUAAAGCACACCGAGACCAACAGCUAGUGCUGCUAAAAGACCACUUAGACAAGUAUUAUCACAGCCGGGAUCGUAAGUGGAUUGUGCUCUUCCCAGAAGGUGGCUUUCUGAGAAAAAGACGGGAAACCAGCCAGCUGUACUCUAAAAAGAACAACCUCCCAUUCUUGACGCACGUGACUCUCCCCAGGAUAGGCGCCACACAAGUCAUCCUCAAGACGUUGUGUCCGCAACAGGAAAAUGGGAGCUUUGCAGGUGGCGAGGAGAUGAGAGCAGCAAGCAAACCAAAGGGCUUACAGUGGGUCAUUGACGUCACCAUCGCUUACUCCCGAGCCAGACCGAUGGACAUUCAGACCUGGAUUCUUGCCUACAGAUCGCCUACAGUCACACAUGUACAUUACAGGAUCUACCCAAUUAAAGAUGUCCCGUUAGAAACAGAGCCCCUCACCAACUGGCUUUAUCAGCGUUUUGUAGAGAAGGAGGCGCUCCUGGCUCAUUUUUAUGAAACAGGUGCUUUUCCACCUCCGAAAGGCCAGCAUGAAGCCCAGCCCAAGGAGAUGACUCUUGACCCUAAGUGGCUUCUACUUGUACAAUCAUUUGCCUUUGCGUCUGGCUACUUUUGGUACAAUGUUCUUCAGUAUUUUUAUUACUGCUUCUUUUAGGCGACACUUCAAAAGAUUGAUUUCACAAAUAACUGGAACUCAAGUUUUAAAAUUUAGGGCCCAAAAACAUCAUGAUGGUUUUCUUGUGUGAAUGUAAAUCUUCAAGAUGAAGUUUCACCAUCUUUGCAACAAAAUGAAAGACCAGAAAACUUAAAUCAAGAGGAUGACCAGAACCGAAGAGCAGGAUACCCACUUGUCACGUACGCAGUCCAUCUAUGAGGGGAGUCCUGGGGUGCGACACAACUGGGCUGCCCACCUUCUAAAGAAAACAAAAAAUCUACACAAAGGGGGAUUUUCUCGGUUAUCUAGAACUACACUAUAGUCUUGUCUACUGUACAUCAGAGACGCCCAGAGAUUUUGUGCAGAAGAAGCUUUUUAUUUUCCUUUCAUAAACCUUACAAAAACUGCCAUAGCUGUGGUGUUUCCAGCAAAAAUUCUGCUGUUGUUUAGCAGCUACCUGAACCAUUUAGCAUACGUUAUUGCACUAUAGAUGUACCAGGAAGACAUGACGGCAGCUUUGAUGAAGAAAGGUUUGAGCAGCGACUUGCCCCAUUUGGUUGAAGAUUUCCCAGCCCACCUGUUCUGCCCACUUUGGAGUGUAUGUUGGAUACUUCCGUUUGCUGUUCACAGUGGGAACCCCUGCUCAAGGUGAACUCGAAUCAUGCUUAUUAUCUUUGUCAGAUCAAAACGUGUAAAACUUUGUUCCCCGGCCACCUGCCUACAGAUGUUUUGUGGGAGCAACAUCCCUCCAACGGAAAGUCUCAAAACACUCGAUUGUCUUUUGCUUAACAAAACGAGCAGGAAUGUGAAAUGAACUUGCCACCGCGUGUCACCUGGAACUUAUUUCUUUGGACCAGAAUAUUUGCCAAGCUGGAACUAAACCUUCAUUGGAAUGCCAGGUUUGGAAAUGCAAAGAUCACCGUCUGAAAAAGAAAAUGGCCUCGUGUGUCAAAAGUCUUGGUGAUACAUAGUCGAGAAAUCAGUCCGUGUUACCCAGAGUUCCUGUGUCUGUGUACGUCUCCUAGUCCUGAUAUGUCGGAUCAUUAUUUGGUAGGGGAA